GUCGAACGGCCCACACCCACUGCGCCUGCCACAUCAGAAGACGCCGGCCCAAGACCAUGCUUCCUGCCUUGAGCGCCAGCGAGACGAUCGGCGUCGUCGUAGCCUCGGUCGCCUUGGUGCUGGUUGUCGCCGUGGCCAAGCUCCGACAUGCAGCGCCCACACGCCGCAACUCGAUCUGGUCCAGCCCCGACGAUGAACUCGAAGACGUGCGCCUUCUCCAAGCCGAGCUGCGCAAGGCCAAGGCCGCGAAGCGCGAGCCGUUCUUCUAUCCCGUGCUCGAAGAGACUGUCGCGUGGUGGGAAGAGUGGCAACGCAAGACAAAGCAUCACCAAGACGCGGUCGCGCCGCUCUGCGCGACAGACUACCAUCUGCACACGACGACGCUUGUGACGGCGUGAGGAGCGGAUGGCCGUCUGUAGAUUAGGCGCCGUACAAGUGGCGUCAAAUAACUUAUUGCAACAUUGCUGUGCAUGAACUCUUUCGA